AAGUGCUGGGAUUACAGGCGUGAGCCACCGCGCCAGGCCUCAUAGGAACAAAUGUUAACCUUUUCUGUAUUUGCUUCAGAUCUUUUUUACAAUUGAAAUAAACACUGUAGAUAAGGUUGUGGAGUACCAUUUGAAUCCUCAGUUCCAUUCUCCCUUCUUCUCAAAGGUAACCACUAUCAUGAAUUUGAUGUCUUUCUUUCCAGUCCCUGUUUUUAUACUUUUACUAAUUAUAUAUGCAGUCGUAAACCAUAUGUAACAUUUGUAUUUAUACAAUAGCAUUGUACUGCAGGUAUAUUUCUGCAGUUUGUAUUUGGAAACUGUCCAUUUAUUACAUAUAGCUUUUAUUUUUACAUUGCUAUUAGUCUAUCAUUUCUAUAUAUGACAUUAUAUUUAUUGAUUCUACGUGUAACCUCUGAACUGUGUUCAGUUUUUCUCAUUACCAACAGAGAAAUGAAGAAGAUUAAGAAGUUCCUCACAAAAGUCUUCUUAUGUAGGAGAAUUUCUCUGCAGCAGGGUUUCUCCAUUUCAGCACUACUGAGAUUUAAGGCUGGAUAAUUCUUGGUUGUGAGGAGAUAUCUUAUGCAUUUUAGAAUGUUUAGCAGUAUCCAUGGCCUCUACUCACUAGAUGCCAAUAGUACCUUUCCAAUUGUGACAACCAAAAAUGUCUCCUGCCAAACAUCCCCUGUGCAGCAAAAUCACAGCUGGUUGAGAACAACUACAUUACUUGUGUGUACACAGAAGUGGAACUGCUGGUUCAAGUUAAAGUCUUAAGAUAUUCUUACUGGUACAGUUAUAGCCGGGAUUUUUUUUUUUUUUUUCACUGUGGCUCCUGGUGUGAGGGACCUUGGCCUAGACUAGCACUGGUUCUAUAGUACCAGGGGACAUGAGAGAGAACAUUGAGAUUUCAGUUUGAGAAUGGGUUGGAGACUGCUGUAUGGAUGCCUGUAUUCUCAACCUCCCACCCACACUAGACCUCUUUCCCUGAACAGAUUUUCUGAACUUGGGCAUUUGUCUUCUAUUAUUAUUGUUAUUGUUAUCAUUAUUUGAGGCAGGGUUUUGCUCUCACCCAGGCUGGAGUGCAGUGGCACGAUCACAGCUCACUGCAGCCUUGACCUCUUGGGCUUAAACAAUCCUUCCGCCUCAGUCUAUUGAGUAGCUGGGACCACAGGCGUGUACCACUCACUAUGCCUGGCUAAUUUUUAAAAACUUUUUGGCCAGGUAUGGUGGUUCACGCCUGUAAUCCCAGUACUUUGGUAGGCCAAGGCAAGCGAAUCAUGAGGUCAGAAGUUCGAGACCAGCCUGGACAGCAUGGUGAAACCCCGUCUCUACAAAAAAAAAAAAUACAAAAAUUGGCCGGGCAUGGUGGGGUGUGCCUGUGGUCCCAGCUACUCAGGAGGCUGAGGCAGAAUUGCUUGAACCCGGGAGGUGGAGGUUGCAGUGAGCUGAGGUCACGCCACUGCACUCCGGCCUGGGCAACAGAGCGAGACUCCGUCUCAAAAAAAGAAAAAAAAUUUUUUUUUCUUUUGAAACCGGGUAUUUUUGUGUCGCCCAGGCUGGAGUGCAGUGGUACAAUCACGGCUCACUGCAGUCUCGACCUCUUGGGCUUAAACAAUCCUCCCAGCUUAGUCUCCCAAGUAGCUGGGACCAGAGGCACGUGCCACCAUGCAUGGCUAAUUUAAGAAAAAGCUUUUGUAAAGGCCAGGUCUCCCUAUAUUGCCCCGGCUGGUCUUGAACUCUGAGGCUGAAGCAGUAAUCCUCGUUCAGCCUCCGAAAGUGCUGGGAUUACAGGCAUGAACCACUGCACCCAGACUUAAAAUUUUUUUGUAGAGAUGAGGUCUUGCUAUGUUGCCCUGGGUGGUCUCAAACCCCUAAGCCCAAGCGAUCCUCUUGCCUCAGCCUCCCAAAAUGCUGGAAUUAUAGGGAUGAACCAUGGUAUCUGGCUGGGCAACUGUCUUUUAAGGUGGAGUAGAUGAAGGAGAGAGAGAUCAUGGGGGUUUUAUUAUUUUUUUAAUUUUUGGUUCGAGAGAGGGUCUCACUCUGUCACCCAUGCUGGAGUGCAAUGGCGUGAUCUCGGCUCACUGCAACAUCCGCAUCCUGGGCUCAAAUGAUCCUCUUGCCUCAGCCUCCCAAGUAGCUGGGACUACAGGCAUGCACCGCCAUGCCUGCCUAAUUUUUGUAUGUUUUUGUAGAAACUGGGUUUCGACAUGUUGCCCUGGCUGGUCUUGAACUCCUGGACUCAAGUGAUCCACCCUCCUCAGCCUCCCAAAGCGCUGAGAUUAUAGGUGUAAGCCAGUGUGCCUGGCCUUAAUGUUCUGAUAUAAUGCUUAGAAUGUAGGGUGCCCUCAAUAAAUAUUUUUUGAGUUAAUCUUUGGGAAGAAUGAAGAUGAGGUUUAAGGGGAAAGUCAGCUGAGCUCUCUCAUUCCUCUGCCUUUGAAUUAAAUUACUGAAUUCAACACUACUGUGAGGAGGUGGAAAAGGGCUAGGAACAUUGUGAAGUGAGUCCAAAGUUUGAAAUGUCACUCUAACCUUCUCUUCUGGUAGGACUCAACAGUAGCCUUCCUUGAGGACCUGCCUUUCCCACUUGCUGCCUGAAGUUAAUGUUUCUUGCUGGCCAAAUCAGGGACAUGCCGGCAUUGUAAGGGCUGAUUAUCUGAUCCUCUUACUAAUUUAUUGGUUGGAGUCGGGUGAGCAGGGAGGAAAAGGGAUGCCUUGCUUUUCUUUUAUGGCUCUUUUAGCAUCUCAAGUCAUAGCCCAUAUGCCUCCUUUCUUGUUGAUCCUUCUUCCUAUAGCUUUGUUUUGUUUCCCCUUAUAGUUCCCUCUUAUGCUUUUCAUCUCCAUCCCCAUCCCCACCCACUGCCAGGGGGCUUGGGUUCUGAGCUGACGGGGUACCCCCCUCUGCAGAGCGGGAUGAGUGGGUGUUCCGGCAGGGAUGUGGUCAUUGACUGCCAGUGAGGGUGAGAGUACCACGGCCCACUUCUUCCUUGGAGCUGGAGAUGAGGGGCUGGGCACCCGUGGAAUAGGCAUGAGGCCAGAAGAGAGUGACAGCGAGCUCCUUGAGGAUGAGGAGGAUGAAGUGCCUCCUGAACCUCAGAUCAUUGUUGGCAUCUGUGCCAUGACCAAGAAAUCCAAGUCCAAGCCCAUGACUCAAAUCCUAGAGCGACUCUGCAGAUUUGACUACCUGACUGUUAUCAUUCUGGGAGAAGAUGUAAUCCUUAAUGAACCCGUGGAAAACUGGCCAUCCUGCCACUGCCUCAUCUCUUUCCACUCCAAAGGCUUUCCUCUGGACAAAGCUGUUGCUUACUCCAAGCUUCGAAACCCCUUUCUUAUCAAUGAUCUGGCCAUGCAGUAUUACAUCCAAGAUAGGAGGGAGGUGUACCGGAUCCUGCAGGAAGAGGGUAUUGAUCUGCCUCGAUAUGCUGUGCUCAACCGUGAUGCUGCCCGGCCUGAGGAAUGCAACCUGAUAGAAGGUGAAGACCAAGUAGAGGUCAAUGGAGCUGUCUUUCCCAAGCCCUUUGUGGAGAAGCCAGUGAGUGCAGAAGACCACAAUGUUUACAUCUACUACCCCAGCUCAGCUGGAGGAGGAAGCCAGCGUCUCUUUCGUAAGAUUGGUAGCCGAAGCAGUGUUUACUCUCCUGAGAGCAGCGUCCGAAAGACGGGGUCGUACAUCUAUGAGGAGUUUAUGCCAACAGAUGGCACAGAUGUCAAGGUGUAUACAGUGGGGCCAGAUUAUGCCCAUGCUGAAGCUAGAAAAUCUCCAGCUUUGGAUGGGAAGGUUGAACGAGACAGUGAGGGGAAAGAGAUUCGAUAUCCAGUCAUGCUGACUGCCAUGGAAAAGCUGGUGGCCAGGAAAGUCUGCGUAGCAUUCAAGCAAACAGUUUGUGGAUUUGACCUUCUUCAUGCCAAUGGUCAUUCCUUUGUGUGUGAUGUCAAUGGCUUUAGUUUUGUCAAGAACUCCAUGAAAUACUACGAUGACUGUGCCAAGAUUCUAGGGAACACCAUAAUGCGGGAGCUUGCCCCACAGUUCCAGAUUCCAUGGUCCAUCCCCACGGAGGCUGAGGACAUUCCCAUUGUUCCCACCACAUCUGGCACUAUGAUGGAACUUCGUUGUGUCAUUGCAAUUAUUCGUCAUGGGGAUCGUACUCCCAAGCAGAAGAUGAAGAUGGAAGUGAAACACCCAAGGUUUUUUGCUCUGUUUGAAAAACAUGGUGGCUACAAGACAGGGAAAUUAAAACUCAAGCGACCUGAGCAGCUCCAGGAGGUGCUGGAUAUCACAAGGCUGUUGUUGGCUGAACUGGAGAAAGAACCAGGUGGUGAGAUCGAGGAGAAGACUGGAAAACUAGAGCAGCUGAAGUCUGUAUUGGAGAUGUAUGGUCACUUCUCAGGUAUAAACCGGAAGGUACAAUUGACUUACUACCCUCAUGGAGUAAAAGCUUCUAAUGAGGGGCAAGAUCCACAGAGGGAAACUCUGGCCCCAUCUCUGUUGCUGGUACUGAAAUGGGGUGGAGAACUGACUCCUGCUGGCCGUGUUCAGGCUGAGGAGCUGGGGCGAGCUUUUCGCUGCAUGUAUCCUGGAGGACAGGGCGACUAUGCUGGCUUCCCUGGUUGUGGGCUGCUUCGUCUCCAUAGCACUUUCCGCCACGAUCUCAAGAUCUAUGCCUCUGAUGAGGGUCGUGUUCAGAUGACUGCUGCUGCCUUCGCCAAGGGCCUUCUGGCUCUAGAAGGGGAGCUGACACCCAUUUUGGUACAAAUGGUGAAGAGUGCCAACAUGAAUGGGCUACUGGACAGCGAUGGGGAUUCUUUGAGCAGCUGCCAGCACCGGGUGAAGGCUCGGCUGCACCAUAUUCUACAGCAGGAUGCGCCCUUUGGCCCUGAGGACUACGAUCAGCUGGCUCCCACCAGAAGUACUUCCCUGCUCAACUCCAUGACUAUCAUCCAGAAUCCUGUGAAGGUCUGUGAUCAGGUAUUUGCCCUGAUUGAAAACCUCACCCACCAGAUCCAGGAACGAAUGCAGGACCCCAGGUCUAUAGACCUGCAACUCUACCACAGUGAGACACUAGAGCUAAUGCUACAGCGUUGGAGCAAGCUGGAGCGUGACUUUCGACAGAAGAGUGGGUGCUAUGAUAUCAGUAAGAUCCCUGACAUCUAUGACUGUGUCAAGUAUGACGUGCAGCACAAUGGGAGUCUGGGACUUCAAGGCACAGCAGAGUUGCUCCGUCUCUCUAAGGCACUGGCUGAUGUGGUCAUUCCUCAGGAGUACGGGAUCAGUCGGGAGGAGAAACUGGAAAUUGCUGUGGGCUUCUGUCUUCCACUGUUGCGGAAGAUACUACUUGACCUGCAGAGAACCCACGAGGAUGAGUCUGUCAACAAGCUACUUCCCCUGUACUCCCGAGGCGUGCUCUCCCCAGGUCGCCACGUUCGAACGCGUCUCUAUUUCACCAGUGAGAGCCACGUCCACUCCCUGCUCAGUGUCUUCCGUUAUGGAGGACUUCUUGAUGAGACCCAGGAUGCACAAUGGCAGCGAGCUUUGGAUUAUCUUAGUGCCAUCUCAGAGCUUAACUACAUGACCCAGAUUGUCAUUAUGCUUUAUGAGGACAACACACAGGAUCCCUUAUCAGAGGAACGGUUCCAUGUGGAGCUACACUUCAGCCCUGGAGUGAAAGGUGUUGAGGAAGAAGGCAGUGCCCCAGCUGGCUGUGGAUUCCGUCCAGCCUCUUCUGAGAAUGAGGAGAUGAAAACCAACCAAGGCAGUAUGGAGAACCUGUGUCCAGGAAAGGCAUCAGAUGAGCCAGACCAGGCAUUGCAGACUUCACCCCAGCCUCCUGAGGGCCCUGGCCUCCCGAGGAGAUCACCCCUCAUUCGUAACCGAAAAGCUGGUUCCAUGGAGGUACUUUCUGAGACUUCAUCCUCGAGGCCUGGUGGCUACCGGCUCUUUUCAUCUUCACGGCCACCCACAGAAAUGAAGCAGAGUGGCCUAGGCUCACAGUGCACAGGGCUGUUCAGCACUACAGUGCUGGGUGGCUCCUCCAGCGCCCCGAAUCUUCAGGACUACGCCCGCAGCCAUGGCAAAAAGCUACCACCCAGUCUGAAGCAUCAAGAUGAGCUCUUGUUUGUCCCGGCCGUAAAACGAUUUUCUGUGUCGUUUGCAAAGCAUCCGACUAACGAGCUGCUGGAUGACUAGCACCCUGUGGUCCGGUUGCUGCGCAGUUUUUCCUCUGACUGUACAGGGGGCCGGCCAGUCUCCUUGGAUGCUACGCUGGCGCAUCACCUGCACCAGUGCUCCUACCACCUGCGCCUCUUCCGGAACUGGCUGCGCUCAGGCCAGGAUGACCCCAAGUGCCUCUACAGUACUCCCUGCCACGAAGCUGGCUGCUGCCACUACCCUGGCUGGGACUGA